AUGGCGGACCUGGAGGCCGUGCUGGCCGAUGUCAGCUACCUGAUGGCCAUGGAGAAGAGCAAGGCCACCCCGGCCGCCCGCGCCAGCAAGAAGAUCGUCCUGCCCGAGCCCAGUAUCCGGAGUGUGAUGCAGAAAUAUCUCGAGGAGAGAAAUGAAAUAACCUUUGACAAGAUUUUCAAUCAGAAAAUCGGUUUCUUGCUAUUUAAAGAUUUUUGUUUGAAUGAAAUUAAUGAAGCUGUACCUCAGGUGAAGUUUUAUGAAGAGAUAAAAGAAUACGAGAAGCUUGACAAUGAGGAAGAUCGCCUUUGUAGAAGCCGACAGAUUUACGAUGCCUAUAUCAUGAAGGAGCUCCUUGCCUGUUCCCACCCAUUCUCAAAGCAAGCUGUAGAACAUGUACAAAGUCAUCUAUCCAAGAAACAAGUGACAUCAACUCUUUUUCAGCCAUACAUUGAAGAAAUUUGUGAAAGUCUUCGAGGUGACAUUUUUCAAAAAUUUAUGGAAAGCGACAAGUUCACUAGAUUUUGUCAGUGGAAAAAUGUCGAAUUAAACAUUCAUCUGACCAUGAAUGAUUUCAGUGUGCAUAGGAUUAUUGGACGAGGAGGAUUUGGUGAAGUAUAUGGUUGCAGGAAAGCAGACACUGGAAAAAUGUAUGCGAUGAAAUGCUUGGAUAAGAAGAGAAUCAAGAUGAAACAAGGAGAAACAUUAGCCUUAAAUGAAAGGAUUAUGUUGUCUCUUGUCAGUACGGGAGACUGUCCUUUCAUAGUUUGCAUGACCUACGCCUUCCACACGCCGGACAAACUCUGCUUCAUCCUGGAUCUGAUGAACGGAGGCGACUUGCAUUAUCACCUCUCACAGCACGGAGUGUUUUCGGAGAAGGAGAUGCGGUUUUAUGCCACGGAAAUCAUCCUGGGGCUGGAGCACAUGCACCAUCGGUUUGUUGUUUACAGAGAUUUGAAGCCAGCAAAUAUCCUCUUGGAUGAACACGGACACGUAAGAAUAUCCGAUCUCGGUCUUGCCUGCGAUUUCUCCAAAAAGAAGCCGCACGCGAGUGUUGGCACCCAUGGGUACAUGGCUCCCGAGGUGCUGCAGAAGGGGACAGCCUAUGACAGCAGCGCCGACUGGUUCUCCCUGGGCUGCAUGCUCUUCAAACUGCUGAGAGGUCACAGCCCUUUCAGACAACACAAAACCAAAGAUAAGCAUGAGAUAGACCGAAUGACACUCACCGUGAAUGUGGAACUUCCGGAGACCUUCUCUCCCGAACUGAAGUCCCUUUUGGAGGGCUUGCUCCAGAGAGACGUCAGUACACGGCUGGGCUGUCACGGAGGCGGUGCACAGGAAGUAAAACAGCACACCUUUUUCAAAGGCAUUGACUGGCAACAUGUCUACUUGCAAAAGUACCCACCACCCCUGAUUCCCCCCCGGGGAGAAGUCAACGCUGCUGACGCCUUUGAUAUAGGCUCGUUUGAUGAAGAAGACACCAAAGGCAUUAAGCUGCUUGAUUGCGACCAAGAACUCUACAAGAACUUCCCUCUGGUAAUCUCUGAACGCUGGCAGCAGGAAGUAGCGGAAACGGUUUACGAAGCAGUAAAUGCAGACACAGAUAAAAUCGAGUCCAGGAAGAAGGCUAAAAAUAAGCAGCUUGGCCACGAAGAAGAUUACGCUCUGGGAAAAGACUGCAUCAUGCACGGGUACAUGUUGAAACUGGGAAACCCAUUUCUGACUCAGUGGCAGCGUCGCUAUUUUUACCUCUUUCCAAAUAGACUUGAAUGGAGAGGAGAGGGGGAGUCUCGGCAAAAUUUACUGACAAUGGAACAGAUUCUCUCUGUGGAAGAAACUCAGAUUAAAGACAAAAAAUGCAUUUUGUUCAGAAUAAAAGGAGGGAAGCAAUUUGUCUUGCAAUGUGAGAGUGACCCGGAGUUCGUGCAGUGGAAGAAGGAGCUGACCGAGACCUUCACGGAGGCCCAGCGGUUACUGCGUCGAGCGCCAAAGUUCCUCAACAAACCUCGCUCCAACCUAGUGGAGCUCUCAAAGCCACCCCUCUGUCACAGAAACAGCAAUGGCCUCUAGCACCCGGCAGCAGGGGAGGUCCCUGA